AUGAAUAUAGUUGUGGACACGUUACAAGAAGUUGAAGUGAAUCGCCCAAUCAGAAGGCCUAAAAGCGUUAAACCUGAGACGUGGCGCGGGUAUGAUGGAUCUAGCCUUUUGUUCUCAGUCAACAAUGCGUCCAACAAGGGAGGCGAGGGGGCCAUGGAUCGACUUCUACGCGCGUUCAGGGGCCUUGAUCUCCACACUCCCCCACCAAUAGAUGAUGAAGACACGGCCGUCCUUGUGGCGGAGCGCAUAUCGCUGAAGACGUGGAACCGGUUCGCCCAACUGGAUCAUUUGCCUCGCGGUCUUCGGCUUCGGCAGUUGGUGUGGGAUGAUGGGCGCGUGUAUGUGGUCGAGUUCCCCUUUACAAAUGAGCAUGAAGACGCCAUCGGCUACAUUCAACGCGUAUUCGCGCGUGCCCUUCAGUUCCACGGCUCGAAUCGCGGCCAAGCGAACAUCUCUGGACCUGACGGCCCCAAUGGAAGCAGCGUGACGCUCGCUCCCGACUUCUCCUACAUCCCGAACCCGAGACUGCCUGGGAACCGAUUGCCGAGAGACGCGGUUACCGUUGUCGUGGAGAUCAUGCACAGCCAGAACUGGUGGUCGGUACAGUGCAAACUGCGAAUGUAUCGCCAGCUCCCACAUCUCCAAUACGUCUUUUUGGUGAGGAUGUCGGACGCGUUGAGCAACUGGACAUACGAGCUGCACGCUCGAAACCCUGACUUCCUCGACGCAGUGAUUCGCCAUCAGUUCCGCACGGAAACUGUUCCGGACAACCACAACCAUUUCGUGCACUUGGACUCGAGACGUGUUCUUGGUCUACAGCACGACGCGCAGUUGCCAGCAGAGUGUCCAGGAGAGGUCGUAGUGAACGUCGUUGAGUUAGCACGACAUGUACUUGCGUACGCAGGCUGA